AUGGGAUUGGGGUGGGAUUCGAGCAGCGUUUGGCGACUGCGGGGGAUUGGGAGCUUCACGGUCGCGCGAGGUCAGGGAAUGGAAUCUGUCGAGAUUGUUCGUCACUUUGUCCGCAAACACAGAGAGGUGCGUGAACAAUCCGGGGUGGGUAGAUUUCGAGGAGGAAUGGGGGCGAAGGAGAGAAAGGGUGUUUCGGACGAUCAAAGUUGUCCACAAAUGGCUAACCUCCCUAACUUGCGACGCCUCUUUGUCGAGGCUAGAACCGAGGCGGAGGAGAACGAGUACUCGCGAAAAGCUUUUUACAAUCUCGUCCUCUUCAUCUCUUCUGUUGCCAUCUUCAGCCUGACUGCGCAGCGCAUGAGUAGACCGAAAGUCGGGUGA